CCUCCCCUCGUGAAAGUUUGGUGCUCCAAGAUGUCCCUCCGGCUAGAUGAAGCUCUCAUUAUGGUAAGCUGCAAGAAAGAGCACGUUGCAUGGGCAUUCCCGCGAACCAUCAUGCAUAACGCUCCUGUUCUGUUGUUGCUGCACACAGGGUGUGAGUGGCCUGAUGGGCGGGUUCUGCAAGGGGCUGGCGGGGAUCGGUGACGGUGUGAUAUACCACUGCUGCUUCACCCUCAUUGCCCUCGGCUACCCCGCCAUCAACGAGCACAUCUCGCUGCAGGCCCGUGUGGCGGCCAUCACGGCCACUUCCUUCAUCACCAACUUCUCGGUGCUCUUCUUCGAGAGGGAGGGCGCCAAGCGCUACUGGCCCGUGGGCAUCGCGUUCGGGUGCGGCAUGCUCACGAGCGUGUUGGGGGCCUGGCUGCUGCAGAACCUCGACACGUACGUCAUCAACAUUUGUCUCGGUGUGCUCUUCCUCUUCUUUGCGGCCUUCUCUGCCACCAACGACAUCAGAAAGAACGUCAUCUGGGCGGUGUAUGCGUCCAUACCCGACGAGCAGAUGGCAGAACUGGAGAAGGCGCAGUCGCUUGCCCCAGAGCCUCUGAAGAAGAACAUGAGCACCAGGGUGCCCUCUGCCGACCUCACCGAGCCCUCUGCCGGUAACCCACCCAUCCCUGCGGAGCCGUCAGAUCCAAACUACCCCAAAAUGAGUCGGCGGCUGAUGCUCGACGCAAUUUGGGGAGGGGCCAUGACCGGCGUCUCCAUGGGGCUGACAGGCGUGGGCGCGACUGCACUGAUCUUCUUCUCCAUCCGCCAAUGGCCGCCUCCGUUGGUCAAGGCCUCCUUCUGCGUGGCGUGCUGCAUGGAGCUGUGCAUCCGCAACAUGACCUACGGCAUCAACGGCACCCAUCGCGGCGAGUAUUGGCCCCUGUACGUGUUGCUGGCGGUGACUCUCGCCCUUGGGCUGCUGGUGGGACAGGCGCUCUACCGGUUUGUGCGGACUGUGUGGGUGAUCCGCUUCCUGCUGUUCGUCCUGUGGCUGUCUGGUCUGGAGCUGUGCGGCCUCUACGAUGCCGAGAUACUCGGCCUGACGAUGCUGCUGCUGAGCGUCGUGUGGGGGGCUGCCAUGGGGUUGUGGAUCUGCAGUGCCAACAAGAGGGUGGAGGCGGCCAAGCAGAAGCUGCUGGAGGGGUGGGAGGGGGGCGAGCAGACCACUCCCAACAUUGGCAAGAAGACCCCCCUGGCAUUGCCAGUGGACAAGCGUCUGAGCAUUGGCACAACCAGAAGCAUGGAGACGCCAUCCCUCGACCGCAGCCCUCCCAUGAGGCCCACCGCCCUCAUGACGGCCAAGGAGGCCAUGCCUCAGGAGCUGCGCUACAUCAGCCCCGCCAUGACGCACUCACUGGAGCCAACGCCCAUGCCCACAGUGCAGGAGGAGGAGGUCUGGGUAGAAGUCGACUUGCAGCACCCUCAGCCCCCCACCAAACUGGCCAGACAGCCGCCCUCGCCGACACACCAGGCGCCGCUCGUCCGCGUGCGGACCUUCAGCCAGGCUCUGAGACGCUCGCUGUCCUCUUUGGGUCAGAUAGAGGAGGUGGCGGGGAAGGGCAGGGCACCGGGGACUUUGGACGUUGUCGACUUUCUCAACACAACCAAGCCCCCGGCUCAGGUGGUGCGGAUGCGGUCGAUGCCCAUUUACUCGCAGCACACGCGGCUGUCCCUCUCGCUCUCUCGCGCGCUGACGUCGCAGAGCCACCAGGGACAUGGACGGGGGGAAGAGAGAGACACCAACGCGCCGACGGGUGCGUCUGUGUUUCGGCGGUUUCGGAGUGUGAGUGCGACGAUGUUGGGGAUGGGUGUGGGGGUGGGGGGGAAAGGGGAAGGGCAGACGACACAGACACAGACACAGACACAAGCAGCAGUGAAGCGGAUGGAUGGUGUCUGAUGGUUGUCCACUCAUUCGGCGUUCGGUCUUUUUUGUCAAUCUCUGUGUGUGCUGACAGUGACGUGCAGGUGUGUGUCUGCGUGGCGUGGGGUGGAUGGGGGAAGACACCUGGCUUUGCUAAAUGUGUUGGCUCUUUUGUAACACUUCCACGC